AUCUCUCCCUACCCCUCCCUAUCUCUCUUUCUAUCUGCACUUCAUCUGAGAAGCACCUUCAUUUUGACCAUGGGAUGCACUCUUUCUCUGAACAAUACAGACAAACAACAAAACUAUCAUGGAAAUUAUUCAUAUUGCCUUGGCAGCUAUAGGAAUGUUCUCAAUAAAUCUGAAAUGUUUUAUGAGCAAUUGUUCAGUAUAACAUUCUUAUCCACAGGCAACUCAACUUGGCACAUGAUUUUUGUCCUAACCAUCCUUAUUAGCAUUGUGGGGAUGGUGGGAAAUGGAAGUGUGAUUUGGCUGCUUGGCUUCCAUGUUAAGAGAAAUAAUUUCACCAUCUAUGUCUUAAACUUAGCUAUCACUGAUUUCUGUAUGCUUAUGGGUGUAAAUGCUUUAGCUGUUGUAAUGAUCACUCAUCCACCAAAAGAAUGUGAAGUCAUUCCAAUAGUGUGGCUUUUGGGGCAAUUCAGUAGCUUCACAUAUAAUGUGGGUUUAUAUCUUCUAACAGCCAUUAGUGUGGAAAGGUGCCUUUCCAUUCUUUUUCCCAUCUGGGUCCGUUGUCACCGGCCAAAGCACCUUUCCACCAUUGUAUCACUGCUGCUAUGGAUAGUGUCUGCCCUGAUUACUGUAACUGAAUUCUUGCUUCAUUAUUUAUGCUUACUAGACUUUUGGCUUACAUGUGUCAGAAUUGUGUCUGGUAUAAACCUCUUUCUCUUCACACCAGUCAUGGUGGUCUCAACUCUGAUCCUAUUUAUCAAGAUGUGCUUUAGACAUCAGCUAGGAAAGCUGCACAACAUGCUGCUGAUAGUUCUCCUUUUCUUCAUUAUCACUGCUGUUCCAAUUAGCACUUUUUUCUUCAUCUCCAUCAUUGAUUAUAAUUUUCAUGCUAUUGCCCUUCCAAUUUUUCACCUUUUAGUUGUUUUGAACAGCAGCAUCAACCCAAUUAUUUACUUUUUUGUUGGGAAUCAGUGCAACUGUACAACCUGGGGCUCCAGUAAAGUUGUCUUCCAACGGGUUUUUAAAGAUGAAGCAGAGCUUACAGAAGUAGAUUGAAUAUUAAUGACCUAAUAAUGAAACAAGGGAACUCAA